UGCACGACCCAUAAAUUAUUCAUGCUCGUGCCGGGCUGGCCCAUUUUUUUUUACCGGUGCUCGUGUCGUGCUCUGACCGUGCCGUUCCAUGCUAGCCCAUGGGCGGCACGUCCCGUUGCCCACGUACAGUUGUGGCGCUGCGGGUGUUGAUUGAUGUUGUUGCCGGGCGGCGUGGCGAUGGCGGACUGGCGGUGAUGGAGGACUGGAGGAGGGUUGCGGCGCAGCGAUUGGAGGGAGGCGAAGGGGCGAUUAGAGGGAGGCGGCAAGGCGAUUGGAGGGAGGCGGAGUCGUCGCCGGCUCGCCGGUGCUGUGCUGCAUGGGAGUGGGAUGGUUGUACGAAACGGGAGGGUCUGAGGGAGGAUGGAGGAAGGAAGGGAAGGGCUGCUAAGGUUGGGGAAGGGUUGGGGAGUUUUAGUUAGGCCAAAAUGGGGUCGUUUAGUCGUUUGGUUAGCCGGUUAACCGGCGUCGGUUUUUUGGCUUACCGCCUAACCACUGACCGCUUCCGACAACCGACCACCACCUGUUUAUUUCGGUUUCUGGUUAUCCGCUAACCGAUGGUUAAUGGUUAGACCGGCUGGUUAGCCGCUAACCGACAACCGAAAUGACAACCCUAGUUACAGCUACUCGGAUUUAAGGGAUUUGCUUAUUCUUGGUGAUUGGUCUUUUUGUUCGAUAGCACAUUGGUUCGCAACUAUUGUUGUCCCUCUUUGUGUCACUACAAAAAAUGUCAUUAUUGACGAUACGUUUUGCUUCGUUAAAUGUAAUAUCUUGUCAGUAAUACAUUUUACCGACGACAUAUGUUCGUCGUUCGUCAUUAAUGAAAAGUCUCAUCGGUAAUAGUUUAUUACUGACGCCAGAUCAACAAAGUUCUUAUUAGCAACGCGAUGUUUUCAUCAAAACAUUAAAAACUGACGCAAGAAAAGAAGCCAUUCACGACAAAGAAAGAUGACAAAAAAUUUUACUGACAAGUUAUAUAUUCUCUUAUGACGACCUGGUGUCGUCAGAAGUACAUUAUUUAUGAUGGACCUUAAGAAAUAAUACUUUUACCGACGUCGAUAUGUCAUUAUUAAAUCGAACCAUUAUGUUAGUAUUGACGACGAAAAAAUAAAUAAAUAUGAUGCCCCGUCAAAAUUGAAACAACUCGGAAUUACUAAAUCCUUGGGCUGAAAAUUUAUUCGUGGCUACCGUAGAUCGUUAGAAAUAUAUUACUUAUGAUGCUCCGUUAGAAAUAUGCUAAAUUGCAAGUUUGGUCACUAGAAUUACUUAAAAAGUUCAUGUUUGCCACUAAAAUUAAUUUAUUUCAUCUAUAGUCACUUAAACUAUGUUAACAGUGCAAGUUUGGUCACUGGCCGUUAGUCUCCGUUAACUUAUGCUGAUGUGGCGAUCAACUCUUAUAGUUGACUGUUAAAUGAGUGAUGUGGCAAUUACUAAAAUAAUUUAAUUUAAUUAUUUAAUUUUCCACCUAAUUAUUAAAAAAAUAAAAGAAAAAAUCAUAAUUUCUUUAAUUAUUAUUUUCCACCGGUCGUCGUCGUUCCUCUCCCCUCCGGUCGACGACCUCUCCUGGCCGGUCAAGCCCUGCGCCAUCACUGUCUUGGUCCUUUGAGCAUUCGAGAGAGAACCAAUUGCCCUACUUUCAAUAUGAAAAUGUUGAGUGAGAAUGUCAAUAUGAAAAUAUUGAGUCCGUAGUCAUAUCUUGCCUUCAUCUCGGGAAAGAACCUAGCAAAAUGUCACCACCGUUGCUGCAAGAAUACAUGUUUUUCGCCAUCAUGAACAUUGUAGGCGUAUGUGAAAACAAGUCGUAUAUUUUACGUCAAACCCGCCUUAAUCAAAAUUCCGAUACGUACCUAUGAAGAAAACAAAGGAGGCGAUUAGAAUGGGAGCUCCAGUUGGGCCAGAGAGGAUUGGCAAGUGAUGAGCUCCGAUGCAAAGACCACUAGUUUAAACAUAGAUCAUAAUAACAUGGAUCUUAGAAUUAGAUGAUUUUAUGAAUCGGUAAUAGAUCAAGGAAACCUACCUCGAUCCAUGACGAGAGCGGCGACGACGGCUUGAGUAGUAAUCACUGAAUUGAGUUUCUCCCUCUUGACCCCUUUAGGUUUUAGGUUUAGAGAUUUCUGUGACGGCUAAGAAAUUCUAUGUAAUGGG